AUGGAACAGCUAUAUGACCCACUCUUCGAUACUCUCGACACUAUAGUUCCUCAUCCUCCCGUCGACCCGUCUAUGCUGUCCUUCGACAUGUACACGCUUCCCAGUGACACAGGCGAUACAGCUGACUUCUUCAGCGUUCCCGGCCUUGAUCUAGACGAUGCAACUUAUUUAUCUCUUCUUGCUGAUCUCCGCUCCGACGUCCUCUCGACAUCCGCAAACCCGUUUCCAUUGUCCUUUUCCGCGUUGGGAAUUCCUGGCGUCAAUGAGACGACAGUGUCUUCAUCAUCCACUACCUCUUCGAGUCCUACAUCUUCCUCUGCUUACGGCACUGCUCGCUCUACGACGCCACCAUCCAGCGUCCGCCAGACCAUGACACUGCCUCCCGUCGAAGCGGAAGAGCUGACUUGCCAUGAUGUACCCUCAACACCCGCUGGUACCUCUAACCAUAGCCAAGCAUUCCCCGUAGUCGUCUCGGAACCUCGUAUCAUCCACGCUGCCUCUCACCCAUCUACGUUCUCAACCGCUCCUCGUGCGUCGUCCCGGCGCAAGACCGCAAGCAGUACCGCUGCCUUCAGGUCUUCAUCAAGCUCUUCUGCCGCGCCUAGAAAAGGAAAAGUCUCAGUCUACCAGGCUAAUCCUGCACCCGGGGCCACUCCUCCGACUACUGUACCGACACAGACGACGUGGCGCCCAACGCCCCCUUCCAGGCAAAUCAAGGAGCCCUCGCAGACCCUUGUGAACGUGGUCCCCACAGGACGCCCCGGAGAGUACACUUCGUUACCAGAGCCAGAACGCACGAAAGGGUUCAUUCCGCCACCGGUACCAGAGCGGGAAGAUAAAGCUGAACUAUUUCGCCUGCCUAGACUUCCAGAUAAAUGGGAGACCCCUGCAGAGUUCAAUCGCUACUUGACGGAGAGGCAGUGUUGGGGUUUCUACGGACUUAACAUACACACCAUCGGUCAAUGCAUCAUUAAGCAGAGCCCCGUUUCUGCGGGCGAUGCAGAGUUGGAUCAGCUUCUUCGGAAGGUCGUCAAGAGAGUUGUAGAGCUGCUCGCAGAGAUAGAUCCGAUCAACCACGGGAAACUCUCAGCGGAGAACCAGACAAACGAUGUUCAAACUUCGUCGACGACCGAUCUCGCUCAAGAUGUCACGAGUGUAACAGAUAAGGGCACUGCAUCGUCGCCCACCAAGACGUCUCCUUCAGAAAUUCCUGCUUCCGUUGAAGGUUCUCCCGACGCGCGAUGCGAGAUCGCCCAAGAUCUACCCGCACCCAUCGCUCCCGUGCCUCCGACCAGCACUUCGUCUCCCGUCGUUGAUGGCGAGAAAACGCAAACCCCUCGUGGCCAAGCCUCCACCGCUGCUCGUUUUGUUCGCAAAAAUGCGACCAAAACAAAGCAGCGGGUGGAAAGUAGGAAGAAGACAGAACCCGCCACAUCGCUGUCUAAGAGAUCGAGGGAAGACGACGAAGACGCUCUCUCUGCCCACUGCGGCGAAGAGAGCAACCCUAAACGAACAAAAACCACCAACAGGUCCACAACUUCCGCAGCCGUGCCCGCUCAGCCGGCGGUUUCAUCCGCUGGCCACUCCCCUUCUGCCUCUGGGGGCGACUCUGGAGUGCGAUGGACGUACCACUACCCACCGACCGCGUCGUCUUCGAGUGGCAAUCAGGGAUGGGAGCAAGGAGCAAGAAACGCGAACGCAGUUCAUAUGCAGCAGCCUCGCACGAUGCCGGAGCAGAUCAACUCCGUUCCGCCAACUUCCUCAUCGGGUCAUCACGGGUACUAUCAGUACCCGAGACCCGACUACCGCGCGCCGCCUCCGUCGACUUUGACUUCGACUUCGAACGCGACCAAUUUCGCGAGGAACGAGGCGCCAUACUCUGCAUACCACUACCCUAACCCGCCGAUGCAAUAUGGAUACCCUGAAUCCAUGGUUGGAUAUGGCUACGCUGCGCCUCGCUACAACCAUUCAGGCCCUCCGGGCCCUCCGGGACAUGGUCACCCAUCCAGUUCUCGAGGGUUUCGGCGUUGAGCAAUGUUGGUAACACUGCAUUAGAUUUACUUGUUUUUUUUUCGGACCAACCUUAUACUACUAUAACUCGCUAUCGUCUCAGUUGAGUCACUGCGCAAUGUCUUGUAUCUUAUAUUUAGUGUACAAUAUCAAA